AUGCACAGCUUCUGUACAGCUGCACUCCACACUGCGCCUUCUGGUGCAGCUGUUGGCUGCUUACCGAAGGCAGCGUUUAGACGCUUCUUCUGCAGCAGCUCCUCUUUGACGCCUCCUCCGCUUUCGGAAGGAGGCGCGGAGGCGGUGCCAGCAGCUCAGCUCCACGUUCCCGUGUCUCCUCGCUGUGUGAGCAUCGUACAUGGCCCGGAGGGGCUUUACUCCGCUGUGGAGGGUUGUAUUCAGCUUGCGAGACGGCGCUUAUUGCUUUCAGCGCUCUACAUUGGCACGGGCAGUAAGGAGAGACGGCUGCUGCGUCGUCUACAGGAUGCGAAGGAGCAGCAUCCGCAGCUACAAGUGCGCCUGCUGGUGGACUUUUUGCGCAGCACACGGUCGGGAAGCUCCGGGGGAGAUGGACCGGCAGCGUUGCUGCUGCCGCUUGUAUCCAAGAGGCAACAGCAGAGCGACGGGGGUAGCUCGAGCGAAGUGUUUCUUUUCUGCAACCCCUUGACAUGCAGCAGCAACAGCCGCAACCCAGUUCUCCAAGGGCUGCACAAGCUGCUGUGCACGCUGCUGCCUCACAGACACCGCGAGGCCUUGGGAACGCAGCACAUGAAGUGCGUCGUGAGCGACGAUUUGGUGCUGCUGACAGGCGCAAACUUCAGUGAGGACUACUUUGUCAACCGAACGGACCGGUGCAUUCUCAUCCGUUCCAGGUCACUUGCAGACGCAGUGGAUCGGGUUCUCGCGGCUGCGCAAGCGCACGCUUUCAAGCUGCUCCCCCAUGCACACCGGCAGCUACCCACCGACUCCUCAAGGUCCAACGCGCCGGAGGACGUUCGGAGACAUAACAACACGCUCCACAUUGGGAACGUUACAUGUUGCUGGCCAGCAACUAAUCCCUCAGAAAUGCCGCAGGCGAACCCCACGACAUUCCGCCAGAGCCUCGCCAGCUCCUUGAGGGCUGCAAUGGCCAACAGCAACCAGCGCAGCAGAGAGUGCACAUACACCAGCAGCAACCCCUCUAGCGCCUGCUUGGUAUCUCUGGCAGUGCAGGCUGGAUUCACGUUUCCGCCGAUUCAGGGUCAGGAAAUGCUGCUGGAUCGGGUGUGCUCCAUCGCAGCCAACUCUAUUGCCGCGGCUGCAGCAGCAGGCUCUGCAUCCUCCGGAGGAAUGAGAGAUUCAUUGCACGGAGAGCACGUUACAGCCCCUACUGGCCUGCGCGUGAUCCUCGCGUCUCCCUACUUGAACUUUACUGCUGCAUUUCUGCAACGGCUGAAGCAGUUGCUGAAGCAAAUGCGUCAUGCAUCAUUAGCCGGCGCUGCGGCCCCUGGCAGCAGCAGGAGUAGUGACAGCGACACCAACAACGUGCAGCCUCGGCUAAUGUUGCUCACGGCGUCCCCGCAAGCCAACAGCUUUUACAAAUCUCAAGGCCUAUCAUUCUGGAUCCCUCCCGCCUACGCUGUUGCGGCGCAUGCAACCGCGCGGGCUCUUGCCGUUUCAGCCACAGCGGCGGCACCAGCACGCACUUCCACGGAUCGUCCUCCGAUGCAGCCGACGCUGCUGAACGGCCCCCUGAUGCUAUUGGAAUAUGCCCGACCCGCGUGGACCUUCCACGCAAAGGGCAUUUGGAUCGUGGGGGACACCUUUACAACACACAGCAGCAAUGCGAACGGCAGCAGCGGUGAGCGCACGAGUAGCUGUUGUGCUGCAGCUCCGCCAUCUCCAGCCAUCAACGCCACGCGUGUGUUGCUGCGUGAAAGCCUCGCGGGCCGUCUCAAAGGCCCUAUCAGCUCUGGCAACAGCAGCGGUGGCAGUACCACCUGCACCGCUAAGGAAUGGGCUGCUGUGUCACUGAUCGGGAGCACAAAUCUGAGUGCUCGCUCGUCCUGCCGCGAUUUAGAGCUACUGGCGCUGUUGCGCACGACCGACAGGCGACUGCAGCUCGAGCAGCAGCAGGAGCUUGGGAAAGAAUUGCUGCCCUUUUGUCUCCCCCUCAGCGAGGAAACGCUUAAACGCAGGUUUCCCUCGUGGCUGAGCUUUGCGGUGACGCGGCUCGGACUUGGCUCGUUCCUCUAA